AUGUCUCUCCUCCGACCUUCGAGCUUUUUCGCUUCGCCCUUGGACGACUUUGACCUGUUCCCAUCGUCGUCUCUGCGCGACCUGAUGACGAUGAACCCUUUUGCCAUGGCCGCUGCUAGUCGACCCAACGUCAACGCGGGCGACUACCGUAUCUGGUCUGGCCCCAAGGUGGAUCUUCACGAAGAGGAUACCCGGUUUGUAUUGACUGCCGAACUCCCCGGUGUCAAGAAGGAGGACCUCAAAAUUAAUGUUGACGCCGACCGGCGCAGACUGACGCUCGAGGGUUCGAUGAAGAGCGAGUACAGUUCGCAGCCCUCGACAAGCAAUGGCAGUCAGCAAUCUCGCGAUGCCCCGUCGGCUACGGAUGGCAAGCACGCAGCUGAAGCCGCCGAUGACUCUUCAUCGACUCAGGUAGCCAAGAAAGACAACAAUGGAGAAGGACAGGUGGGCACGGUGGGACACGCUCUGGUCUCUGAGCGUGUCUACGGAUCUUUCAGCCGCUCGUUCACGCUUCCUCCCACUGCCAACCUGGCCGACGAUGCCAGCCUCAAGGCACGCUUCAACGAUGGUCUGCUCCGACUCGAAAUUCCGAAGAAGAAGGAGGAGCAUUCCAAGACUCGCCAGAUUGCUAUCGAGACUACCGCAUGA